UCACACACUCACACACACGUGCGUCACAACAACACAGUUUCCCUGCCUCCUUGUUUACUGCUCAGCUCCAUCUCAACUCUUCCUCUCUUGUCUCGCUCUCAGGAGGAAAGCGAAAAAAGGGGAGGAAGAGGAGGAGGUGGUGGGCACUGUGGAGUAGUUUCCCAGUCGUCAUGACGACCUCACACCCCACCAUCCUGCUAUCUUCUUGUUACCACGGUGACCUGAUCCCGUUUCAUCUCCGCUCUUCUUGAUGAUCCGGAUUGGCUCGAUAAAUAAGUGCGAUCCGGGAGUGCCUCUUCUUAUUUCAGGAACGAGCUUGCGGACGCGAGAACAGAUCCCACGCAGGGACGCAGAUUGGAGGACAGGACUGGGAAUGCUGUGGGAGUAACUCCGGAGCGUUGCCUGGAAACAGCAGCAUGCCAGUACAACAGAUAACUGUGGUUCCGUCCAGGGACAUAGCCAACAAUGGCAAGAGUGCUCUUCGCUCCAAAGACAAGACCGAGGGGAGGAAGGCACCUGGGCGCUCAGGGAGUCGAUCCAGCAACAUCUCCAAGGCUAGCAACUCGACUGCAGGGCUCACUACAGCCUCAAGGACAUCCAUAACACCAUCCGCUCAGGACAUAUGCAGUUCUGGACAGCUGACCCGCUUAGAGGAGGAUGUGUCUGAGUCACGCAAACACAAAAAGCACACGCACAACUCCUCUGCAAUGACGGUCACUGGCACCACUCUGGGCUCAUCGGCUCAGGCACAGAAAAAGCAGGUGAAGCGACGUCACCGCCGCAAGAGAAGCAGCUGCACGGCCAUCGACUGCGUGGAAACCAAUGGCAAGCACGACCACAGCGACCGGAGCCUCAGCUCUGACCGUAGUGAGCUGGGCGAGAAGAGGGAGCACUCCUUCAGGAACCGGAGGGAUCUCCCGCCUCGCUUCCGGUGCACAGGUGCGCCGCAUUCAGACUCCUCUGAGGAUGAGGCGUGCCGCGAGAGCCGCAGCUGGAGCAAAGAGAAAGCCAGAAGAGCGCGCCGCCGCAGCGGGAGCAGCCGGGACAGGGAGGUGAUAAACCCACACAAAGGAGGAGAAGACAAAGCCGAGAUCAUGGAGCUGCAAUCUGUGGGCUCAGAUGAAGGGAAAGAGAGUCAACCUCUGAUGGAGGACAGCAGCGGCCUUAAGAAGCGCCACAACCACGGGAGCUCAGUGAAGAGAGACGGCCAUGCAUCGCAGAGGGAUCGAUCGCAGGGCAGAGAUAAGGAUACGAAGAGCUACAAGUCACAGAGCCCAAGAGGCAGCUCCUCAUUGGCCGACGACGGCGAGGAGCUCAUCACCAAGAGAUACCAGGAGAAGGGUUCAGGGGGCGGGGAUAUGUCAGUGCCCACACUCCAGAAACACUGUGGUGCGAAUGGGAACACACCGCAUCCCUGCUCUGACGACUCUGAGCUGGAGGUCUGCAGGAUCUGCCACUGUGAGGGGGACGACGAGUGUCCGUUGAUAAUGCCCUGUCGCUGCACGGGAAGCCUCAGUUUUGUUCAUCAGGCCUGUCUCAACCAGUGGAUCAAAUCCUCCGACACUCGCUGCUGUGAACUCUGCAAAUUUGACUUCAUCAUGGAGACGAAGCUCAAACCUUUAAGCAAGUGGGAGAAGCUACACAUGUCGAAGAGCGAGAGGAGGAAGAUCUUCUGUUCAGUGCUGUUUCACCUGAUAGCGAUAGUGUGUAUAUUGUGGUCGGUCUACAUUCUGGUGAGGAGAACUGCUGAAGAGAUCCGACUCGGAAAGAACGCCGAAUUAUGGAGAGUUUCUCUUCUGAAGUACUAUACGCCGCAGGGUGUGCUGGAGUGGCCCUUCUGGACUAAGCUGAUUGUGGUGGCCAUUGGCUUCACGGGUGGCCUCAUCUUUAUGUACAUCCAGUGUAAAGUCUACCUGCAGCUGUGGCGCCGCCUCAAGGCCUUCAAUCGCAUCAUCACUGUGCAGAACUGUCCUGAGAAGGACCUGCACAACCCCCAGGCCCGGCAAAGCACCAUCGCCAAUGGCAGGCAUGAAACCGUGGAGGUGCCGGUCAGCCAGGCCCCAGCUCCGGCAGCUCCGAUGGACUCUGACACGUCAGUGGAGGCUGCCGUGGCGCCGGCGCAAAACCCUGUUUGACUUAUCUCCUCCUGCUCCGAGAACAGUCCCUAAUCCCACUCUGCUCAUGGUAAUGUCAAUGAGCACAGUGAGAUUUGGACUUGUGCAGUGUUGUAAUGUUGUUCUCAACUCCAGUGGGUGCUGUUGGACAAACGAACUGAUCCAGUCCUUCGGUGAUCCAGAAAAGUUGGGGUCAGAAGGGCUUCACGAAGAAAAGAAGAGGGGCAGAGUGUGGAGAGAGGACAGAAACAAAGCCAUCGGCACAGAACGCUCGUAAAGACCGUGUUUUGUGGUUUACCGACACUAUUUUAUCCCAGUAUGCACUUUCUCAACCUGCACUGAUAUGAGUUAAAGAUGUGAACACUCUGCAGAUGCUCAUCAAAGGUCUCAGUAUGUUUCAAAUGAAUCACGCAUAUGACUCGUAAUCAGUCCCCACAUCAGCUGACACUGUCACACAUCCACAAGGCGGGACAAUUAAUAAGCUGCUUCAGCUUUUACCACCCAGCUUCUCUGACCUGCUUUCACUGAUGCUGCCACUGUUCUGUGAGGGGGACUUGCUGCUGCUCUUGCUGAGAGCUGGGAAGUCCCAGAAGAGAGCCUACACAGUCCUGAUUGGCCCAGCUGAAGCCUCGCAUGAAUUGUAGAAUCAGAGAUGCAACAUUGUAGCAGAUAAGGGCUACUCUGAAACGCUCCACACACUACUCAAAAGUUUUUAAUGAAUUUGGAAAAGUUGUCAAAAGUGAGAGUGAGGCAGGAUAAAAAAAUACAAUAGCUUGAGUUUGUUUUAAACCUGCCUGAUCGGGCCUGUGUGACAAGCUCUGAAGCAUACUGAGACCUUUACUCUCCUUUUGGACAAUCAGGUCUUCAGACACCAAAGAGUCAGAUGUUAUAAGUAGAGAAACAGACCGUAAACUGAACCUUUAGCUCAGUCGGAGAUCUAAAAACGUAAUAGUCUGAAAGUUAUCGUCAGAUUAUUUGUUAAAAUAGAAAGUCUACAGUAGCCCAGUCGUUUGCAGCUUCGGAGGUCCUGAGCUGGACAACCUUUAUUUAUAUAUCGAUGUAACUAGAGCUUUCAUGGUUUCCCCCCAUUCAUGUUUUUACAUUAGAUUAUGAGCAUUUCUCUUGAUUCGAACCAACACAAAGUCGGCCUACUCAAAGCGACUGUUACUCACACGUGACCACUUUUAUAGUCUCGAUUUGGUUUCUCACCUCACAGAAAAUACAGUUUCCUCUGUGUUUUAAACCCACCGCAACCGCUAUUUUCUAAAUAAAACAGAGCAUUCUGGUUACAUGAAACGCAUAUUUGUUUGUGCAAUAAAUGAUGAAUGUAGAAACCUC